GUGAGGAACAUUGAACAUCACUCAAAUUCGUUCCAUGAAGGUUCAACCUCGUACUACCGUAACACGUGGUAUCAGCAUGUGUGCUUUCCAUCUGAGAGUAUUUAUUCUAGCCCAUAUUUGGGAUAUAGAAUCACACGGUUGUUACAAUAACAAUAAACAGCUUGGAGGUCACAACAACCUAUGUUCCACACAGAUCAGCAUUUUUGUUGAUCUACAAAGCGAUCGACAGUUGGAAAUAAUUGUAAUAUUUGAAUUCACGAGUUGAUCUAAGGAACUCUCAGCGUUGCUCAUCAACAAUUACUCACGUGUGACUCGAGCGCACUGUCAACUUGAUAAAAGUAUGCAUUGCGGUUUAGAAUACGAAGGUCCGAAAUGUGAGAUAUUCAAUCAAUAAUGCGUAACGCAUUUAAAAUCUCACGCUACGGUUUUCGAAUUCUCUUGGAUAUAUUGCUCUCCAUAAUUCCUUAGCAUACGACGUACUUUCUGGUUAGACGCAAAUCUACCAAAGGCUGAACGUUAAAACUUCCUUUUUUUACCAAAUUAACAUGUGGUUCACCAAACUUAAAAGUUUAAACCCUGUUUUGAUAUCCCAAACCUUUCGGAGUUCUACCAAAGCACAUACUUUCGACAUAGCCAUUGUUGGAGGUGGGAUUGUGGGUUUAGCAACGGCUCGUGAACUAACACUUCGGUUUCCAAAAUUUCGGUUUGCCCUUCUGGAAAAAGAAGAAGAAUUGGCGAUGCAUCAAUCUGGCCAUAACAGUGGUGUUAUUCAUGCAGGUAUUUACUACACUCCUGGCUCUCUAAAAGCUAAGCUAUGCGUUGAAGGUUUGAAGAAGUCAUAUGAAUAUUUUGAAGCAAACAAUGUGCCUUACAAGAAAUGUGGGAAAUUAAUCGUUGCAGUUGAUGAACUUGAGCUUCCGCGUCUAGAAAAGCUGUACAGUUUUGCCCAGCAAAACGGUGUGCCCAAUGUUUCUCACAUUUCAGGUGAUAAGAUAAGAGAAAUCGAACCUAACUGUGUUGGUUUAAAAGCAAUUCAUUCUCCUGAAACAGGUAUAGUUGAUUGGAGAACAGUAACUUUAUCAUAUGCCAAAAAUUUCGUUGCGUCUGGUGGGAUUAUUUAUAAUUCCUUUAAGGUAGGCGAAAUUUCAGAAACGAGUGAAAAUGUGGAUUACCCUGUUUUGAUCAAGAACGUUAAUAGUGGGUCAAACAGUUCAGCUCAUAUUUCACAAAUCACAUGCAAGUAUGUGAUUACUUGUACAGGAUUGCAGUCUGACCGUGUUGCUAAGAUGUCUGGGUGUUCUCCAAAUCCUGUCAUCAUACCGUUUCGAGGUGAUUAUUUAGUUUUGAAAUCUGAAAAUUCCCCUUUAAUAAAUGGAAAUGUAUAUCCUGUUCCUGAUCCCCGUUUCCCGUUCUUGGGUGUCCACUUCACUCCACGUUUGGAUGGAUCCGUUUUGCUUGGUCCAAAUGCUAUCCUAUCAUUAAAUCGGGAAGGUUAUGGACGUUUCGAUGUUAACUUCAAAGACUGCUUUGAUCUCGCAUCUAACCCUGGACUUCGGAAACUCAUUUUCCGUUAUUUACGUUUUGGUGUGAAUGAAAUAAUUGAUGGUUUAUUUAUUAAUCGCCAGGUCAAGCGGCUUAAAAUGUAUGUACCUAGCUUAAGUGUUAAAGAUGUCUCCAGAGGUCCAUCUGGAAUAAGAGCCCAAGCGAUUGACUCAGAUGGAACGUUAGUGGAUGACUUUGUAAUUCAUUUUGGCGAUGGCAAGAUUGGUAAAAGAAUUAUGCAUGUACGUAAUGCACCAUCGCCAGCCGCAACAGCCUCUUUGGCUAUUGGUUGUGUGCUGGCCGAUAAAGCACAAGAGUGCUUUGAUUUACCUCUUAGCGAAUCAAGAAGUUUUGUUUAGUGUCAUGUGCACGUUCCUUGAUGCAAAUUUUGCCACUUCUGUUUUAAUUUCUAUUACCUAAAAGAACAAAUGGCUCUUGUUUCCUGAUCAUUUACUUUAAUUUUGCGUCUGUUGUCUUCUCAGGGAAAUUGAACAUUACUGAAUUGUUUGUGGUUACUUUAAUAAUAAUUCUCUCUCCUUUAAAGUAUCUGGUCUGUAUUAUUACAAAUGAUCAAAAAUUACAAUAAUUUAGAUUACGAAGUAACAAUUUUCAUUUACCUUACUAUAUAUUGUUCAGUUGAUCUGUUAGUUCAACAUUGUGUCGAACUGUGUUAUUUUGUUGUAAUUACUAGAUAUAUGAUACGGUAUCGUAGACAAUUAUAGGUACGCUUGUAGUCGAUAAUUAAUCUUAGUACAGAACUGUUCCUGUAAAUCAUUUUGUUUAUUUGCGACCCUAUUUUUUAUACGUAUAAUAUAGCCGACCAACCCAACACAUCACAUGUUUACAAAUGAGUGUUAUUAUGAAAAGUAUGCAUAUUUACAAUCACUUGAAAAAUGACCACUUAUGUAUUGAACAUUAGUUACAUGGUGUGGUCUUACGCUUUCCUUGUGAUAAUUCCGAAGUAUUUGUAUGGUAUUUAUUUAAUAAACAGUGAUGUGAAGAAUUGUACUUGUUUAUGCAGAUAGCAGUUUAUAACCUUCCCAUUCUCAUUUUAGCUAUUUUAGUUUUAAACAAAAGAAUAUAAUUUAAGAUAACUACACACCUUCGUUACUGGGUAGUAACCAACAUAAUUUAUUACUGCUAAAUUUCCGUCUAUCAAGUUGCAGUACCGCUACUCCAUAUAUUAGACUUUAAUCCCAUUAGAAGCUUAAUUCUCUUAUUAAGUUUGCAGAUAUACCUUACUGAAUAAUCCCAACCAGUAAGAAACAUAGCUUCGAGUUUUUUUCCCUCACUCGACUUUAUUAACAGCAACACUGAGCCAUUUAGUCUACUGUUCUCAUUACAAGUUGUUCAAAAAAUCCAACAGCAAUCAGAACCAGACAAAAAUGACAUAAGUUACUAUAUACUGCAGUGCAAGGUCGUGUAUGGAGGACAGCUGGCAGAUGCAUUCCAAGUAAGGACCGGAGUCAGACAAGGUUGUUCACUCUCCCCCUUCCUCUUUCUUCUGGUGGUCGACUGGAUUAUGAAGACCUCGACAUCUGAAGGAAAACACGGCAUACAAUGGACAGCUCAGAAUCAAUUAGACGAUUUGGACUUCGCAGAUGACCUAGCCCUCCUAUCACGUACACACGAACAGAUGCAGAUAAAGACAGCCAAUGUAGCAGCAGUCUCUGCAUCAGUAGGUCUCGGUAUACACAAAGGGAAAACGAAGGUCCUCAAAUGCAACUCGGAGAACAGCAAUCCCAUCACUCUUGAUGGCGAAACUCUGGAAGAUGUGGAAUCCUUCACAUACCUGGGAAGCAUCAUUGAUAAACAAGGAGGUUCAGAUGCAGACGUAAAAGCGAGGAUUGGCAAAGCAAGGGCCGCAUUCCUACAUUUGAAGAACAUAUGGAACUCAAAACAACUUUCAACCAAUAUCAAAGUCACAAUCUUCAAUACGAACGUCAAGGCAGUUCUACUGUAUGGAGCUGAAACUUAGAGAACUACAACAACCACCACCAAGAAGAUACAAGUACUUAUAAAUGGUCGUCUACGCAAGAUACUCAACAUCCAUUGGCCGGAUACCAUCAUCAACAGCCUUCUCUGGGAGAGAACAAACAAGCUUCCAGCUGAAGAAAUUACGAAAAAACGAUGGAAAUAGAUAGGACAUAUAUUACGCAAAUAAUCAAACUACAUCACGAGGCAAGCUCUAACUUGGAAUCCUGCAGGAAGGCGGAAAAGAGGAAGACCGAAGAACACAUUACGUCGGAUAACAGAAGCAGAUAUGAAAAGGAUGAAUAGGAACUGUAAGGAGCUGGAAAGGAUUGCCCAGGACAGGGUUGGAUGGAGAAUGCUGGUGAGCGGUCUAUGCUCCUUCACGAGGAGUAACAGGCGUAAGUAAGUACACGUACACGUUAGCAUAUAGUUCAUUAAAAGUUCGUCUAUGACAUCCCGACGUUUUGAGUCAAUAAUGGAAAUAAUAUGGUCAAAGUAUACAUAUUUUUUGUUGUUUUUUGAGCCAUAGUUCCGUCGUGCCCCUAUUGUAUCGUGUUUUACGUUAGUCAUUGUUUACCUUUCCAUAUACUUUAAUUAAUUUGUUUCAAUAAUCAAACAAAACUCAUGAGGUGUAACUCAGAUUUCCAUACUAACCAAGCCCCGCUAUGGACCUAAUAUUUGUCGUUCAUUUUAUCCAGAUACACUACGAAAAGUUGUUAGGCUAACAGAUAAAAAGCUGGACUAAAUUUGUUAAUUUUUCAUUACCGUCAAUGAUGAUUCUCGAAGCCAGCCCUAUUAAAGUAGUGCUUUCCAAACAGUCCAGCUGUAACAAUAAUGUAGAAAUAGAAGUACAUUGAAAAUGGAAACAAUGACCCGAAUUAGAAUCUGCUAGAUACUCCGAUCACCAGUUUGAAAAGCUAAAAGGCCAUAUCGAUAAAAAUUUUUAAAUACUAUUAUAUUGACGUGGGAAAUAAAUUCCUCAUUGUUCUUUUUUGGCUUUUUGUAUCACAAAUCUGCGAUGUGGAGAGGCGAACCACUACGAACGGAUCACUUUAGAAAAUGAAACAUUUCUUUGUUAGUUAUCGUAUGGGAAAGUGGGAAAUUUCGGGAGAUAAAUUCAUAAGAUGAAUAUGAAACGAAGACCACCAAAUUUCAUCGAAAAAAAUACAUAAUCAGUGGAAAAUAUCUUUUUAAACAUAAAUAAUGAACCGAACUAAAUUUUUGCUUGGGAAGAAUUGUAUUGAGCAGUAAUCCAAUAUCUCGUACUUUAUAAUACUGCAUCAGAUUACACUUGAAAAUUCAUGUAGACUGGUAGACGUAUAGUUAUUGACACCAUUAACACCUCUCCUCCCUUGCUAUUUUCUAAUGAAAUGAGUGUUUUUGUUGUUUGUAAUUCCUCUCAAGUAUUGUUUCUGUUUAUCCUAUUUCCCGUUCUCUAUGUAUCCUAUAAGUUAGUGUCAAAUUUAACUUUCAUAGUCUGUCGUAACAGCCUCAAUUUGUGAAAUACCUGCAAAGCUUAAGGCGACUGUAUUUUGUGAAAAGCAUUUAAGUUGUUGAAAAUAUGUGCAUGUGAAAAAGACGUACUGUAUUGAACGAACAUUCACGUAGUAAGGACGAAUUUGUUUUUUAGUGCACAAUUACACCGUGGUUCAGUAAAUUGUAAAGAUUAUAUGUUAAAUACGUCAUUUUCACAACUCUCAACUGUCGUUUACAUCCUUUAAGAUUCCUCUAAUUCUAUUCUCUUCAGUUCAACCUACUCCACUUUUGAAUGGUGUUACAUGCUGGUUACAUCUGUCAAUACAAGUAGCGUACACCUUAGUACUAGCAAAUUGUACACUGUCUUAUUGGAAAUCUAAUUUAGCUUGUAUGGUACAAUAUAUUCAUAGGGCUUGGAAGGUACAUCUCAAACGACAAGUGUUACAAAUAUAUCCUAGGGUUAAUAUGGACUGAGAUUUAUGUGUAACAAUGACUGGAAGUCUAUCAGAUAGUUAUCGUUGCAGAUUUUUUCUACUUUAUGACUCAUUUCUGAUAUGUACUUAACAUAUUGGUUACAUUUUGUAUCGUUGAAUUAAUUAUGUCAUGGGUUUUCGUGUGAUGUAGUAUUUGUGCAACGGAGUUGUUAUUCAGCACGAUACCAAAAUAAUAGUCGAUAAUCAAUUGUCCCAGAUGGCAGAAUGAACCAACUUUUGGUGUGAAAAAACUAAUAAAUACUACUUGAUGCAGCCACACCCAGCCCAAAUGCGAUACGGUGAAAAACAAAUUGUUAAGAUGCAACCAAUUUGUCACAUGCUUAACGGACUAGUUGGAUUGUAGUUGCCACAGGUAUACAGGGCGCUUGUUUCGUCCUAUCUAGUGCUCGUUCUAGUGAAAACAUUGACAAUGAGAUUCAACUGGCUUCGCAGGUGUUGGCAGACCUAACU